GACAGGCUGCGCUUUGUCCAACUCCCCGUGGUCACCACGUGCCACCGACCCAACAGCAUCACCUCACCUCUACCCUGGGAUAGGCACUGUCCAGGCACUUUGCCCUGCUUCAAGGCAAAGUUCUCUGGGGUCCUUUUUAUAGCUGAUCCCUUCCUGGGAAGCUUUCAUUUCUUGGUCCCUCCUGACGAGGGAAGACGGGCAGCCAGGGGCCCGUUCCCUGGGAGAUGCUGGUGAUCUGGAUUCUGACGCUGGCUCUCCGGCUCUGUGCGUCCGUUACUACAGCGACACCGGAAGGCUCUGCUGUUCACAAAGCCAUUUCCCAGCAGGGCACACUGUGGACUGGUGAGGUUUUGGAGAAGCAGACAGUCGAGCAAGGGAAGAGCACUCUGAGAAGGCAGAAAAAUCAUUUCCACAGGUCUGCAGGGGAGCUACGGUGCAGGAACGCCCUGAAAGAUGAGGGGGCAUCUGCUGGAUGGAGCGUGAUGUUUGCUGGGGAGAGUGUGGUGGUGCUGGUGCAUUUGUGGAUGACAGGAGCAAGAGUGAAGAACCUGGGCUUGGUGGAGUUUGCUAGCCCAGGGGAUGACGGGGAUGGCAGAGCCGAAGCCUUUAGCCUGGGGCUCCCACUUAGUGAGCAGGCAAGGGCUGCAGGAGCCAGAGAGAAGGAGCGUCAGGAGACAGUCAUAAAUCAUAGCACUUUCUCUGGUUUCUCUCAAAUCACAGGCUCACCAGUAUCUACAACUUAUCACAGCAGCCCGAGCUCAACUCCAACAACCCACUUUUCUGCCAGCUCCACAACCUUGGGCCAUACUGAGGAAUCGACACCAGUCCACAGCAGCCCACUUGCAACUGCAACAACACCCCCACCUGCCCGCUCCGCAACCUCAGGCCAUGUUGAAGAAUCUACAGCCUACCACAGCAGCCCGGGCUCAACUCAAACAAUGCACUUCCCUAAAAGCUCCACAACUUCAGGCCACAGUGAAGAAUCAGCAACUUUCCACGGCAGCACAACACACCCAAAAUCUUCAACUCCUAGCACCACAGCUGCCCUAGCACCUACAAGCUACCAAAGCAGCGCGGGCUCAACUGAAACAACACACUUCCGUGAUAGCUCCACAAACUCAGGCCGUAGUGAGGAAUCAAAAGCAUCCCACAGCAGCCCAGAGGCAAUGGGAACAACAGUCUUACCUGCCGGCUCUACACCCGCAGUUCUUGUUGGAGAAUCCACGCCCUCACCCAUCAGUUCAGGCUCAACGGAAACAACAGCGUUACCCGGCAGUACCACAACGCCAGGCCUCAGUGAGAAAUCUACCACUUUCUACAGUAGCCCCAGAUCACCAGCCACAACACUCUCACCUGCCAGCACGACAAGCUCAGGCGUCAGUGAAGAAUCCACCACCUCCCACAGCCAAUCAGGCUCAACGCACACAACAGCAUUCCCUGACAGCACCACCACGCCAGGCCUCAGUCGGGAUUCUACAACUUCCCACAGCAGCCCAGGCUCAACGGAUACAACACUGUUACCUGCCAGCACCACCACCUCAGGCCCCAGUCAGGAAUCAACAACUUCCCACAGCAGCCCAGGUUCAACUGACACAGCACUGUCCCCUGGCAGUACCACAGCCUUAUCCUUUGGUCAAGAAUCUACAACCUUCCACAGCAGCCCAGGCUCCACUCACACAACACUCUUCCCUGACAGCACCACAAGCUCAGGCAUCGUUGAAGCAUCUACACGCGUCCACAGCAGCACUGGCUCACCACACACAACACUGUCCCCUGCCAGCUCCACAAGCCCUGGACUUCAGGGAGAAUCUACCGCCUUCCAGACCCACCCAGCCUCAACUCACACAACGCCUUCACCUCCUAGCACCGCAACAGCCCCUGUUGAAGAAUCUACAACCUACCACCGCAGCCCAGGCUCGACUCCAACAACACACUUCCCUGCCAGCUCCACAACUUCGGGCCACAGUGAGAAAUCAACAAUAUUCCACAGCAGCCCAGAUGCAAGUGGAACAACACCCUCACCUGCCCACUCCACAACCUCAGGUCGUGGAGAAUCUACAACCUCACGCAUCAGUCCAGGCUCAACUGAAAUAACAACGUUACCUGGCAGUACCACAACACCAGGCCUCAGUGAGGCAUCUACCACCUUCUACAGCAGCCCCAGAUCACCAACCACAACACUCUCACCUGCCCCCAUGACAAGCCUAGGCGUCGGUGGAGAAUCCACCACCUCCCGUAGCCAACCAGGUUCUACUCACUCAACAGUGUCACCUGCCAGCACCACCACGCCAGGCCUCAGUGAGGAAUCUACCACCGUCUACAGCAGCAGCCCAGGCUCAACUGAAACCACAGUGUUCCCUCCCAGCACCACAACCUCAGUUCGUGGUGAAGAGCCUACAACCUUCCACAGCCGGCCAGCCUCAACUCACACAACACUGUUCACUGAGGACAGCACCACCUCGGGCCUCACUGAAGAAUCUACAGCCUUCCCCGGCAGCCCAGUCUCCACCCAAACAGGGUUACCUGCCACACUCACAACCGCAGACCUCGGUGAGGAAUCAACAACCUUUCCCAGCAGCUCAGGCUCAACUGGAACAACACUCUCACCUGCCCGCUCCACCACCUCUGGCCUCGUUGGAGAAUCCACACCCUCGCGCCUCAGUCCAAGCUCAACCGAAACAACAACUUUACCCGGCAGUCCCACAACUCCAAGCCUCAGUGAGAAAUCAACCACCUUCUACACUAGCCCCAGAUCACCAGAUGCAACACUCUCACCUGCGACCACAACAAGCUCAGGCGUCAGCGAAGAAUCCAGCACAUCCCACAGUCAACCAGGCUCAACGCACACAACAACGUUUCCUGACAGCACCACCACCUCAGGCCUCAGUCAGGAACCUACAACAUCCCACAGCAGCCAAGGCUCAACAGAGGCAACACUGUCCCCUGGCAGUACCACAGCCUCAUCCCUUGGUCAACAAUCUACAACCUUCCACAGCAGCCCAGGCGCCACUGAAACCACACUCUUACCUGACGACACCAUAACCUCAGGCCUCGUGGAGGCAUCUACACCCACCCACAGCAGCACUGGCUCGCUACACACAACACUGACCCCCGCCAGCUCCACAAGCGCUGGCCUUCAGGAAGAAUCUACCACUUUCCAGAGCUGGCCAAGCUCAAGUGACACAACACCUUCACCUCCCGGCACCACAGCAGCCCCUGUUGAAGUAUCCACAACCUACCACAGCCGCCCGAGCUCAACUCCAAAAACACACUUUUCUGCCAGUUCCACAACCUUGGGCCGUAGUGAGGAAUCAACAACAGUCCACAGCAGCCCGGGUGCAACUGGAACAGCACUCUUCCCUACCCGCUCUGCAACCUCAGUUCUUGUUGGAGAACCUACAACGUCACCCAUCAGUUCAGGCUCAACGGAAACAACAGCGUUACCUGGCAGUACCACAACAGCAGGCCUGAGUGAGAAAUCUACCACCUUCUACAGUAGCCCCAGAUCACCGGACACAACACUCUCACCUGCCAGCACGACAAGCUCAGGCGUCAGUGAAGAAUCCACCACCUCCCACAGCCGACCAGACUCAACGCACACAACAGCAUUCCCUGGCAGUACCACCACGCCAGGCCUCAGUCAGGAAUCUACAGCUUCCCACAGCAGCCCAGGCUCCACAGACACAACACUGUCCCCUGGCAGUACCACAGCAUCAUCCCUUGGUCCAGAAUCUACUACCUUCCACAGCAGCCCAGGCUCCACUGAAACAACACUCUUACCUGACAACACCACAGCCUCAGGCCUCCUUGAAGCAUCUACGCCCGUCCACAGCAGCACUGGAUCGCCACACACGACACUGUCCCCUGCCGGCUCUACAACCCGUCAGGGAGAAUCUACCACCUUCCAGAGCUGGCCAAGCUCAAAGGACACUACGCCUGCACCUCCUACUACCACAUCAGCCUUUGUUGAGCUAUCUACAACCUCCCACGGCAGCCCGAGCUCAACUCCAACAACCCACUUUUCUGCCAGCUCCACAACCUUGGGCCGCAGUGAGGAAUCGACAACAGUCCACAGCAGCCCAGUUGCAACUGCAACAACACCCUCGCCUGCCCGCUCCACAACCUCAGGCCUCGUUGAAGAAUCUACGACCUACCACAGCAGCCCGGGCUCAACUCAAACAAUGCACUUCCCUGAAAGCGCCACAACUUCAGGCCGUGGUGAAGAAUCAACAACUUCCCACAGCAGCACAACACACACAAUAUCUUCAGCUCCUAGCACCACAUCUGCCCUUGUCGAAGAACCUACCAGCUACCACAGCAGCCCGGGCUCAACUGCAACAACACACUUCCCUGACAGCUCCACAACCUCAGGCCGUAGUGAGGAAUCAACAGCAUCCCACAGCAGCCAAGACGCAACGGGAACAAUAGUCCUACCUGCCCGCUCCACAACCUCAGUUCCUCUUGGAGAAUCUACGACCUCACCCAUCAGUUCAGGCUCAACGGAAACGACAGCGUUACCCGGCAGUACCACAACGCCAGGCCUCAGUGAGAAAUCUACCACUUUCCACAGUAGCCCCAGAUCACCAGCCACAACACUCUCACCUGCCAGCACGACAAGCUCAGGCGUCAGUGAAGAAUCCACCACCUCCCACAGCCGACCAGGCUCAACGCACACAACAGCAUUCCCUGACAGCACCACCACGCCAGGCCUCAGUCGGGAUUCUACAACUUCCCACAGCAGCCCAGGCUCAACGGAUACAACACUGUUACCUGCCAGCACCACCACCUCAGGCCCCAGUCAGGAAUCAACAACUUCCCACAGCAGCCCAGGUUCAACUGACACAGCACUGUCCCCUGGCAGUACCACAGCCUUAUCCUUUGGUCAAGAAUCUACAACCUUCCACAGCAGCCCAGGCUCCACUCACACAACACUCUUCCCUGACAGCACCACAAGCUCAGGCAUCGUUGAAGCAUCUACACGCGUCCACAGCAGCACUGGCUCACCACACACAACACUGUCCCCUGCCAGCUCCACAAGCCCUGGACUUCAGGGAGAAUCUACCGCCUUCCAGACCCACCCAGCCUCAACUCACACAACGCCUUCACCUCCUAGCACCGCAACAGCCCCUGUUGAAGAAUCUACAACCUACCACCGCAGCCCAGGCUCGACUCCAACAACACACUUCCCUGCCAGCUCCACAACUUCGGGCCACAGUGAGAAAUCAACAAUAUUCCACAGCAGCCCAGAUGCAAGUGGAACAACACCCUCACCUGCCCACUCCACAACCUCAGGUCGUGGAGAAUCUACAACCUCACGCAUCAGUCCAGGCUCAACUGAAAUAACAACGUUACCUGGCAGUACCACAACACCAGGCCUCAGUGAGGCAUCUACCACCUUCUACAGCAGCCCCAGAUCACCAACCACAACACUCUCACCUGCCCCCAUGACAAGCCUAGGCGUCGGUGGAGAAUCCACCACCUCCCGUAGCCAACCAGGUUCUACUCACUCAACAGUGUCACCUGCCAGCACCACCACGCCAGGCCUCAGUGAGGAAUCUACCACCGUCUACAGCAGCAGCCCAGGCUCAACUGAAACCACAGUGUUCCCUCCCAGCACCACAACCUCAGUUCGUGGUGAAGAGCCUACAACCUUCCACAGCCGGCCAGCCUCAACUCACACAACACUGUUCACUGAGGACAGCACCACCUCGGGCCUCACUGAAGAAUCUACAGCCUUCCCCGGCAGCCCAGUCUCCACCCAAACAGGGUUACCUGCCACACUCACAACCGCAGACCUCGGUGAGGAAUCAACAACCUUUCCCAGCAGCUCAGGCUCAACUGGAACAACACUCUCACCUGCCCGCUCCACCACCUCUGGCCUCGUUGGAGAAUCCACACCCUCGCGCCUCAGUCCAAGCUCAACCGAAACAACAACUUUACCCGGCAGUCCCACAACUCCAAGCCUCAGUGAGAAAUCAACCACCUUCUACACUAGCCCCAGAUCACCAGAUGCAACACUCUCACCUGCAACCACAACAAGCUCAGGCGUCAGCGAAGAAUCCAGCACAUCCCACAGUCAACCAGGCUCAACGCACACAACAGCGUUCCCUGACAGCACCACCACCUCAGGCCUCAGUCAGGAACCUACAACUUCCCACAGCAGCCAAGGCUCAACAGAGGCAACACUGUCCCCUGGCAGUACCACAGCCUCAUCCCUUGGUCAACAAUCUACAACCUUCCACAGCAGCCCAGGCGCCACUGAAACCACACUCUUACCUGACGACACCAUAACCUCAGGCCUCGUGGAGGCAUCUACACCCACCCACAGCAGCACUGGCUCGCUACACACAACACUGACCCCCGCCAGCUCCACAAGCGCUGGCCUUCAGGAAGAAUCUACCACUUUCCAGAGCUGGCCAAGCUCAAGUGACACAACACCUUCACCUCCCGGCACCACAGCAGCCCCUGUUGAAGUAUCCACAACCUACCACAGCCGCCCGAGCUCAACUCCAAAAACACACUUUUCUGCCAGUUCCACAACCUUGGGCCGUAGUGAGGAAUCAACAACAGUCCACAGCAGCCCGGGUGCAACUGGGACAGCACUCUUCCCUACCCGCUCUGCAACCUCAGUUCUUGUUGGAGAACCUACAACGUCACCCAUCAGUUCAGGCUCAACGGAAACAACAGCGUUACCUGGCAGUACCACAACAGCAGGCCUGAGUGAGAAAUCUACCACCUUCUACAGUAGCCCCAGAUCACCGGACACAACACUCUCACCUGCCAGCACGACAAGCUCAGGCGUCAGUGAAGAAUCCACCACCUCCCACAGCCGACCAGACUCAACGCACACAACAGCAUUCCCUGGCAGUACCACCACGCCAGGCCUCAGUCAGGAAUCUACAGCUUCCCACAGCAGCCCAGGCUCCACAGACACAACACUGUCCCCUGGCAGUACCACAGCAUCAUCCCUUGGUCCAGAAUCUACUACCUUCCACAGCAGCCCAGGCUCCACUGAAACAACACUCUUACCUGACAACACCACAGCCUCAGGCCUCCUUGAAGCAUCUACGCCCGUCCACAGCAGCACUGGAUCGCCACACACGACACUGUCCCCUGCCGGCUCUACAACCCGUCAGGGAGAAUCUACCACCUUCCAGAGCUGGCCAAGCUCAAAGGACACUACGCCUGCACCUCCUACUACCACAUCAGCCUUUGUUGAGCUAUCUACAACCUCCCACGGCAGCCCGAGCUCAACUCCAACAACCCACUUUUCUGCCAGCUCCACAACCUUGGGCCGCAGUGAGGAAUCGACAACAGUCCACAGCAGCCCAGUUGCAACUGCAACAACACCCUCGCCUGCCCGCUCCACAACCUCAGGCCUCGUUGAAGAAUCUACGACCUACCACAGCAGCCCCGGCUCAACUCAAACAAUGCACUUCCCUGAAAGCGCCACAACUUCAGGCCGUGGUGAAGAAUCAACAACUUCCCACAGCAGCACAACACACACAAUAUCUUCAGCUCCUAGCACCACAUCUGCCCUUGUCGAAGAACCUACCAGCUACCACAGCAGCCCGGGCUCAACUGCAACAACACACUUCCCUGACAGCUCCACAACCUCAGGCCGUAGUGAGGAAUCAACAGCAUCCCACAGCAGCCAAGACGCAACGGGAACAAUAGUCCUACCUGCCCGCUCCACAACCUCAGUUCCUCUUGGAGAAUCUACGACCUCACCCAUCAGUUCAGGCUCAACGGAAACGACAGCGUUACCCGGCAGUACCACAACGCCAGGCCUCAGUGAGAAAUCUACCACUUUCCACAGUAGCCCCAGAUCACCAGCCACAACACUCUCACCUGCCAGCACGACAAGCUCAGGCGUCAGUGAAGAAUCCACCACCUCCCACAGCCGACCAGGCUCAACGCACACAACAGCAUUCCCUGACAGCACCACCACGCCAGGCCUCAGUCGGGAUUCUACAACUUCCCACAGCAGCCCAGGCUCAACGGAUACAACACUGUUACCUGCCAGCACCACCACCUCAGGCCCCAGUCAGGAAUCAACAACUUCCCACAGCAGCCCAGGUUCAACUGACACAGCACUGUCCCCUGGCAGUACCACAGCCUUAUCCUUUGGUCAAGAAUCUACAACCUUCCACAGCAGCCCAGGCUCCACUCACACAACACUCUUCCCUGACAGCACCACAAGCUCAGGCAUCGUUGAAGCAUCUACACGCGUCCACAGCAGCACUGGCUCACCACACACAACACUGUCCCCUGCCAGCUCCACAAGCCCUGGACUUCAGGGAGAAUCUACCGCCUUCCAGACCCACCCAGCCUCAACUCACACAACGCCUUCACCUCCUAGCACCGCAACAGCCCCUGUUGAAGAAUCUACAACCUACCACCGCAGCCCAGGCUCGACUCCAACAACACACUUCCCUGCCAGCUCCACAACUUCGGGCCACAGUGAGAAAUCAACAAUAUUCCACAGCAGCCCAGAUGCAAGUGGAACAACACCCUCACCUGCCCACUCCACAACCUCAGGUCGUGGAGAAUCUACAACCUCACGCAUCAGUCCAGGCUCAACUGAAAUAACAACGUUACCUGGCAGUACCACAACACCAGGCCUCAGUGAGGCAUCUACCACCUUCUACAGCAGCCCCAGAUCACCAACCACAACACUCUCACCUGCCCCCAUGACAAGCCUAGGCGUCGGUGGAGAAUCCACCACCUCCCGUAGCCAACCAGGUUCUACUCACUCAACAGUGUCACCUGCCAGCACCACCACGCCAGGCCUCAGUGAGGAAUCUACCACCGUCUACAGCAGCAGCCCAGGCUCAACUGAAACCACAGUGUUCCCUCCCAGCACCACAACCUCAGUUCGUGGUGAAGAGCCUACAACCUUCCACAGCCGGCCAGCCUCAACUCACACAACACUGUUCACUGAGGACAGCACCACCUCGGGCCUCACUGAAGAAUCUACAGCCUUCCCCGGCAGCCCAGUCUCCACCCAAACAGGGUUACCUGCCACACUCACAACCGCAGACCUCGGUGAGGAAUCAACAACCUUUCCCAGCAGCUCAGGCUCAACUGGAACAACACUCUCACCUGCCCGCUCCACCACCUCUGGCCUCGUUGGAGAAUCCACACCCUCGCGCCUCAGUCCAAGCUCAACCGAAACAACAACUUUACCCGGCAGUCCCACAACUCCAAGCCUCAGUGAGAAAUCAACCACCUUCUACACUAGCCCCAGAUCACCAGAUGCAACACUCUCACCUGCAACCACAACAAGCUCAGGCGUCAGCGAAGAAUCCAGCACAUCCCACAGUCAACCAGGCUCAACGCACACAACAGCGUUCCCUGACAGCACCACCACCUCAGGCCUCAGUCAGGAACCUACAACUUCCCACAGCAGCCAAGGCUCAACAGAGGCAACACUGUCCCCUGGCAGUACCACAGCCUCAUCCCUUGGUCAACAAUCUACAACCUUCCACAGCAGCCCAGGCGCCACUGAAACCACACUCUUACCUGACGACACCAUAACCUCAGGCCUCGUGGAGGCAUCUACACCCACCCACAGCAGCACUGGCUCGCUACACACAACACUGACCCCCGCCAGCUCCACAAGCGCUGGCCUUCAGGAAGAAUCUACCACUUUCCAGAGCUGGCCAAGCUCAAGUGACACAACACCUUCACCUCCCGGCACCACAGCAGCCCCUGUUGAAGUAUCCACAACCUACCACAGCCGCCCGAGCUCAACUCCAAAAACACACUUUUCUGCCAGUUCCACAACCUUGGGCCGUAGUGAGGAAUCAACAACAGUCCACAGCAGCCCGGGUGCAACUGGGACAGCACUCUUCCCUACCCGCUCUGCAACCUCAGUUCUUGUUGGAGAACCUACAACGUCACCCAUCAGUUCAGGCUCAACGGAAACAACAGCGUUACCUGGCAGUACCACAACAGCAGGCCUGAGUGAGAAAUCUACCACCUUCUACAGUAGCCCCAGAUCACCGGACACAACACUCUCACCUGCCAGCACGACAAGCUCAGGCGUCAGUGAAGAAUCCACCACCUCCCACAGCCGACCAGACUCAACGCACACAACAGCAUUCCCUGGCAGUACCACCACGCCAGGCCUCAGUCAGGAAUCUACAGCUUCCCACAGCAGCCCAGGCUCCACAGACACAACACUGUCCCCUGGCAGUACCACAGCAUCAUCCCUUGGUCCAGAAUCUACUACCUUCCACAGCAGCCCAGGCUCCACUGAAACAACACUCUUACCUGACAACACCACAGCCUCAGGCCUCCUUGAAGCAUCUACGCCCGUCCACAGCAGCACUGGAUCGCCACACACGACACUGUCCCCUGCCGGCUCUACAACCCGUCAGGGAGAAUCUACCACCUUCCAGAGCUGGCCAAGCUCAAAGGACACUACGCCUGCACCUCCUACUACCACAUCAGCCUUUGUUGAGCUAUCUACAACCUCCCACGGCAGCCCGAGCUCAACUCCAACAACCCACUUUUCUGCCAGCUCCACAACCUUGGGCCGCAGUGAGGAAUCGACAACAGUCCACAGCAGCCCAGUUGCAACUGCAACAACACCCUCGCCUGCCCGCUCCACAACCUCAGGCCUCGUUGAAGAAUCUACGACCUACCACAGCAGCCCCGGCUCAACUCAAACAAUGCACUUCCCUGAAAGCGCCACAACUUCAGGCCGUGGUGAAGAAUCAACAACUUCCCACAGCAGCACAACACACACAAUAUCUUCAGCUCCUAGCACCACAUCUGCCCUUGUCGAAGAACCUACCAGCUACCACAGCAGCCCGGGCUCAACUGCAACAACACACUUCCCUGACAGCUCCACAACCUCAGGCCGUAGUGAGGAAUCAACAGCAUCCCACAGCAGCCAAGACGCAACGGGAACAAUAGUCCUACCUGCCCGCUCCACAACCUCAGUUCCUCUUGGAGAAUCUACGACCUCACCCAUCAGUUCAGGCUCAACGGAAACGACAGCGUUACCCGGCAGUACCACAACGCCAGGCCUCAGUGAGAAAUCUACCACUUUCCACAGUAGCCCCAGAUCACCAGCCACAACACUCUCACCUGCCAGCACGACAAGCUCAGGCGUCAGUGAAGAAUCCACCACCUCCCACAGCCGACCAGGCUCAACGCACACAACAGCAUUCCCUGACAGCACCACCACGCCAGGCCUCAGUCGGGAUUCUACAACUUCCCACAGCAGCCCAGGCUCAACGGAUACAACACUGUUACCUGCCAGCACCACCACCUCAGGCCCCAGUCAGGAAUCAACAACUUCCCACAGCAGCCCAGGUUCAACUGACACAGCACUGUCCCCUGGCAGUACCACAGCCUUAUCCUUUGGUCAAGAAUCUACAACCUUCCACAGCAGCCCAGGCUCCACUCACACAACACUCUUCCCUGACAGCACCACAAGCUCAGGCAUCGUUGAAGCAUCUACACGCGUCCACAGCAGCACUGGCUCACCACACACAACACUGUCCCCUGCCAGCUCCACAAGCCCUGGACUUCAGGGAGAAUCUACCGCCUUCCAGACCCACCCAGCCUCAACUCACACAACGCCUUCACCUCCUAGCACCGCAACAGCCCCUGUUGAAGAAUCUACAACCUACCACCGCAGCCCAGGCUCGACUCCAACAACACACUUCCCUGCCAGCUCCACAACUUCGGGCCACAGUGAGAAAUCAACAAUAUUCCACAGCAGCCCAGAUGCAAGUGGAACAACACCCUCACCUGCCCACUCCACAACCUCAGGUCGUGGAGAAUCUACAACCUCACGCAUCAGUCCAGGCUCAACUGAAAUAACAACGUUACCUGGCAGUACCACAACACCAGGCCUCAGUGAGGCAUCUACCACCUUCUACAGCAGCCCCAGAUCACCAACCACAACACUCUCACCUGCCCCCAUGACAAGCCUAGGCGUCGGUGGAGAAUCCACCACCUCCCGUAGCCAACCAGGUUCUACUCACUCAACAGUGUCACCUGCCAGCACCACCACGCCAGGCCUCAGUGAGGAAUCUACCACCGUCUACAGCAGCAGCCCAGGCUCAACUGAAACCACAGUGUUCCCUCCCAGCACCACAACCUCAGUUCGUGGUGAAGAGCCUACAACCUUCCACAGCCGGCCAGCCUCAACUCACACAACACUGUUCACUGAGGACAGCACCACCUCGGGCCUCACUGAAGAAUCUACAGCCUUCCCCGGCAGCCCAGUCUCCACCCAAACAGGGUUACCUGCCACACUCACAACCGCAGACCUCGGUGAGGAAUCAACAACCUUUCCCAGCAGCUCAGGCUCAACUGGAACAACACUCUCACCUGCCCGCUCCACCACCUCUGGCCUCGUUGGAGAAUCCACACCCUCGCGCCUCAGUCCAAGCUCAACCGAAACAACAACUUUACCCGGCAGUCCCACAACUCCAAGCCUCAGUGAGAAAUCAACCACCUUCUACACUAGCCCCAGAUCACCAGAUGCAACACUCUCACCUGCAACCACAACAAGCUCAGGCGUCAGCGAAGAAUCCAGCACAUCCCACAGUCAACCAGGCUCAACGCACACAACAGCGUUCCCUGACAGCACCACCACCUCAGGCCUCAGUCAGGAACCUACAACUUCCCACAGCAGCCAAGGCUCAACAGAGGCAACACUGUCCCCUGGCAGUACCACAGCCUCAUCCCUUGGUCAACAAUCUACAACCUUCCACAGCAGCCCAGGCGCCACUGAAACCACACUCUUACCUGACGACACCAUAACCUCAGGCCUCGUGGAGGCAUCUACACCCACCCACAGCAGCACUGGCUCGCUACACACAACACUGACCCCCGCCAGCUCCACAAGCGCUGGCCUUCAGGAAGAAUCUACCACUUUCCAGAGCUGGCCAAGCUCAAGUGACACAACACCUUCACCUCCCGGCACCACAGCAGCCCCUGUUGAAGUAUCCACAACCUACCACAGCCGCCCGAGCUCAACUCCAAAAACACACUUUUCUGCCAGUUCCACAACCUUGGGCCGUAGUGAGGAAUCAACAACAGUCCACAGCAGCCCGGGUGCAACUGGGACAGCACUCUUCCCUACCCGCUCUGCAACCUCAGUUCUUGUUGGAGAACCUACAACGUCACCCAUCAGUUCAGGCUCAACGGAAACAACAGCGUUACCUGGCAGUACCACAACAGCAGGCCUGAGUGAGAAAUCUACCACCUUCUACAGUAGCCCCAGAUCACCGGACACAACACUCUCACCUGCCAGCACGACAAGCUCAGGCGUCAGUGAAGAAUCCACCACCUCCCACAGCCGACCAGACUCAACGCACACAACAGCAUUCCCUGGCAGUACCACCACGCCAGGCCUCAGUCAGGAAUCUACAGCUUCCCACAGCAGCCCAGGCUCCACAGACACAACACUGUCCCCUGGCAGUACCACAGCAUCAUCCCUUGGUCCAGAAUCUACUACCUUCCACAGCAGCCCAGGCUCCACUGAAACAACACUCUUACCUGACAACACCACAGCCUCAGGCCUCCUUGAAGCAUCUACGCCCGUCCACAGCAGCACUGGAUCGCCACACACGACACUGUCCCCUGCCGGCUCUACAACCCGUCAGGGAGAAUCUACCACCUUCCAGAGCUGGCCAAGCUCAAAGGACACUACGCCUGCACCUCCUACUACCACAUCAGCCUUUGUUGAGCUAUCUACAACCUCCCACGGCAGCCCGAGCUCAACUCCAACAACCCACUUUUCUGCCAGCUCCACAACCUUGGGCCGCAGUGAGGAAUCGACAACAGUCCACAGCAGCCCAGUUGCAACUGCAACAACACCCUCGCCUGCCCGCUCCACAACCUCAGGCCUCGUUGAAGAAUCUACGACCUACCACAGCAGCCCGGGCUCAACUCAAACAAUGCACUUCCCUGAAAGCGCCACAACUUCAGGCCGUGGUGAAGAAUCAACAACUUCCCACAGCAGCACAACACACACAAUAUCUUCAGCUCCUAGCACCACAUCUGCCCUUGUCGAAGAACCUACCAGCUACCACAGCAGCCCGGGCUCAACUGCAACAACACACUUCCCUGACAGCUCCACAACCUCAGGCCGUAGUGAGGAAUCAACAGCAUCCCACAGCAGCCAAGACGCAACGGGAACAAUAGUCCUACCUGCCCGCUCCACAACCUCAGUUCCUCUUGGAGAAUCUACGACCUCACCCAUCAGUUCAGGCUCAACGGAAACGACAGCGUUACCCGGCAGUACCACAACGCCAGGCCUCAGUGAGAAAUCUACCACUUUCCACAGUAGCCCCAGAUCACCAGCCACAACACUCUCACCUGCCAGCACGACAAGCUCAGGCGUCAGUGAAGAAUCCACCACCUCCCACAGCCGACCAGGCUCAACGCACACAACAGCAUUCCCUGACAGCACCACCACGCCAGGCCUCAGUCGGGAUUCUACAACUUCCCACAGCAGCCCAGGCUCAACGGAUACAACACUGUUACCUGCCAGCACCACCACCUCAGGCCCCAGUCAGGAAUCAACAACUUCCCACAGCAGCCCAGGUUCAACUGACACAGCACUGUCCCCUGGCAGUACCACAGCCUUAUCCUUUGGUCAAGAAUCUACAACCUUCCACAGCAGCCCAGGCUCCACUCACACAACACUCUUCCCUGACAGCACCACAAGCUCAGGCAUCGUUGAAGCAUCUACACGCGUCCACAGCAGCACUGGCUCACCACACACAACACUGUCCCCUGCCAGCUCCACAAGCCCUGGACUUCAGGGAGAAUCUACCGCCUUCCAGACCCACCCAGCCUCAACUCACACAACGCCUUCACCUCCUAGCACCGCAACAGCCCCUGUUGAAGAAUCUACAACCUACCACCGCAGCCCAGGCUCGACUCCAACAACACACUUCCCUGCCAGCUCCACAACUUCGGGCCACAGUGAGAAAUCAACAAUAUUCCACAGCAGCCCAGAUGCAAGUGGAACAACACCCUCACCUGCCCACUCCACAACCUCAGGUCGUGGAGAAUCUACAACCUCACGCAUCAGUCCAGGCUCAACUGAAAUAACAACGUUACCUGGCAGUACCACAACACCAGGCCUCAGUGAGGCAUCUACCACCUUCUACAGCAGCCCCAGAUCACCAACCACAACACUCUCACCUGCCCCCAUGACAAGCCUAGGCGUCGGUGGAGAAUCCACCACCUCCCGUAGCCAACCAGGUUCUACUCACUCAACAGUGUCACCUGCCAGCACCACCACGCCAGGCCUCAGUGAGGAAUCUACCACCGUCUACAGCAGCAGCCCAGGCUCAACUGAAACCACAGUGUUCCCUCCCAGCACCACAACCUCAGUUCGUGGUGAAGAGCCUACAACCUUCCACAGCCGGCCAGCCUCAACUCACACAACACUGUUCACUGAGGACAGCACCACCUCGGGCCUCACUGAAGAAUCUACAGCCUUCCCCGGCAGCCCAGUCUCCACCCAAACAGGGUUACCUGCCACACUCACAACCGCAGACCUCGGUGAGGAAUCAACAACCUUUCCCAGCAGCUCAGGCUCAACUGGAACAACACUCUCACCUGCCCGCUCCACCACCUCUGGCCUCGUUGGAGAAUCCACACCCUCGCGCCUCAGUCCAAGCUCAACCGAAACAACAACUUUACCCGGCAGUCCCACAACUCCAAGCCUCAGUGAGAAAUCAACCACCUUCUACACUAGCCCCAGAUCACCAGAUGCAACACUCUCACCUGCAACCACAACAAGCUCAGGCGUCAGCGAAGAAUCCAGCACAUCCCACAGUCAACCAGGCUCAACGCACACAACAGCGUUCCCUGACAGCACCACCACCUCAGGCCUCAGUCAGGAACCUACAACUUCCCACAGCAGCCAAGGCUCAACAGAGGCAACACUGUCCCCUGGCAGUACCACAGCCUCAUCCCUUGGUCAACAAUCUACAACCUUCCACAGCAGCCCAGGCGCCACUGAAACCACACUCUUACCUGACGACACCAUAACCUCAGGCCUCGUGGAGGCAUCUACACCCACCCACAGCAGCACUGGCUCGCUACACACAACACUGACCCCCGCCAGCUCCACAAGCGCUGGCCUUCAGGAAGAAUCUACCACUUUCCAGAGCUGGCCAAGCUCAAGUGACACAACACCUUCACCUCCCGGCACCACAGCAGCCCCUGUUGAAGUAUCCACAACCUACCACAGCCGCCCGAGCUCAACUCCAAAAACACACUUUUCUGCCAGUUCCACAACCUUGGGCCGUAGUGAGGAAUCAACAACAGUCCACAGCAGCCCGGGUGCAACUGGGACAGCACUCUUCCCUACCCGCUCUGCAACCUCAGUUCUUGUUGGAGAACCUACAACGUCACCCAUCAGUUCAGGCUCAACGGAAACAACAGCGUUACCUGGCAGUACCACAACAGCAGGCCUGAGUGAGAAAUCUACCACCUUCUACAGUAGCCCCAGAUCACCGGACACAACACUCUCACCUGCCAGCACGACAAGCUCAGGCGUCAGUGAAGAAUCCACCACCUCCCACAGCCGACCAGACUCAACGCACACAACAGCAUUCCCUGGCAGUACCACCACGCCAGGCCUCAGUCAGGAAUCUACAGCUUCCCACAGCAGCCCAGGCUCCACAGACACAACACUGUCCCCUGGCAGUACCACAGCAUCAUCCCUUGGUCCAGAAUCUACUACCUUCCACAGCAGCCCAGGCUCCACUGAAACAACACUCUUACCUGACAACACCACAGCCUCAGGCCUCCUUGAAGCAUCUACGCCCGUCCACAGCAGCACUGGAUCGCCACACACGACACUGUCCCCUGCCGGCUCUACAACCCGUCAGGGAGAAUCUACCACCUUCCAGAGCUGGCCAAGCUCAAAGGACACUACGCCUGCACCUCCUACUACCACAUCAGCCUUUGUUGAGCUAUCUACAACCUCCCACGGCAGCCCGAGCUCAACUCCAACAACCCACUUUUCUGCCAGCUCCACAACCUUGGGCCGCAGUGAGGAAUCGACAACAGUCCACAGCAGCCCAGUUGCAACUGCAACAACACCCUCGCCUGCCCGCUCCACAACCUCAGGCCUCGUUGAAGAAUCUACGACCUACCACAGCAGCCCGGGCUCAACUCAAACAAUGCACUUCCCUGAAAGCGCCACAACUUCAGGCCGUGGUGAAGAAUCAACAACUUCCCACAGCAGCACAACACACACAAUAUCUUCAGCUCCUAGCACCACAUCUGCCCUUGUCGAAGAACCUACCAGCUACCACAGCAGCCCGGGCUCAACUGCAACAACACACUUCCCUGACAGCUCCACAACCUCAGGCCGUAGUGAGGAAUCAACAGCAUCCCACAGCAGCCAAGACGCAACGGGAACAAUAGUCCUACCUGCCCGCUCCACAACCUCAGUUCCUCUUGGAGAAUCUACGACCUCACCCAUCAGUUCAGGCUCAACGGAAACGACAGCGUUACCCGGCAGUACCACAACGCCAGGCCUCAGUGAGAAAUCUACCACUUUCCACAGUAGCCCCAGAUCACCAGCCACAACACUCUCACCUGCCAGCACGACAAGCUCAGGCGUCAGUGAAGAAUCCACCACCUCCCACAGCCGACCAGGCUCAACGCACACAACAGCAUUCCCUGACAGCACCACCACGCCAGGCCUCAGUCGGGAUUCUACAACUUCCCACAGCAGCCCAGGCUCAACGGAUACAACACUGUUACCUGCCAGCACCACCACCUCAGGCCCCAGUCAGGAAUCAACAACUUCCCACAGCAGCCCAGGUUCAACUGACACAGCACUGUCCCCUGGCAGUACCACAGCCUUAUCCUUUGGUCAAGAAUCUACAACCUUCCACAGCAGCCCAGGCUCCACUCACACAACACUCUUCCCUGACAGCACCACAAGCUCAGGCAUCGUUGAAGCAUCUACACGCGUCCACAGCAGCACUGGCUCACCACACACAACACUGUCCCCUGCCAGCUCCACAAGCCCUGGACUUCAGGGAGAAUCUACCGCCUUCCAGACCCACCCAGCCUCAACUCACACAACGCCUUCACCUCCUAGCACCGCAACAGCCCCUGUUGAAGAAUCUACAACCUACCACCGCAGCCCAGGCUCGACUCCAACAACACACUUCCCUGCCAGCUCCACAACUUCGGGCCACAGUGAGAAAUCAACAAUAUUCCACAGCAGCCCAGAUGCAAGUGGAACAACACCCUCACCUGCCCACUCCACAACCUCAGGUCGUGGAGAAUCUACAACCUCACGCAUCAGUCCAGGCUCAACUGAAAUAACAACGUUACCUGGCAGUACCACAACACCAGGCCUCAGUGAGGCAUCUACCACCUUCUACAGCAGCCCCAGAUCACCAACCACAACACUCUCACCUGCCCCCAUGACAAGCCUAGGCGUCGGUGGAGAAUCCACCACCUCCCGUAGCCAACCAGGUUCUACUCACUCAACAGUGUCACCUGCCAGCACCACCACGCCAGGCCUCAGUGAGGAAUCUACCACCGUCUACAGCAGCAGCCCAGGCUCAACUGAAACCACAGUGUUCCCUCCCAGCACCACAACCUCAGUUCGUGGUGAAGAGCCUACAACCUUCCACAGCCGGCCAGCCUCAACUCACACAACACUGUUCACUGAGGACAGCACCACCUCGGGCCUCACUGAAGAAUCUACAGCCUUCCCCGGCAGCCCAGUCUCCACCCAAACAGGGUUACCUGCCACACUCACAACCGCAGACCUCGGUGAGGAAUCAACAACCUUUCCCAGCAGCUCAGGCUCAACUGGAACAACACUCUCACCUGCCCGCUCCACCACCUCUGGCCUCGUUGGAGAAUCCACACCCUCGCGCCUCAGUCCAAGCUCAACCGAAACAACAACUUUACCCGGCAGUCCCACAACUCCAAGCCUCAGUGAGAAAUCAACCACCUUCUACACUAGCCCCAGAUCACCAGAUGCAACACUCUCACCUGCAACCACAACAAGCUCAGGCGUCAGCGAAGAAUCCAGCACAUCCCACAGUCAACCAGGCUCAACGCACACAACAGCGUUCCCUGACAGCACCACCACCUCAGGCCUCAGUCAGGAACCUACAACUUCCCACAGCAGCCAAGGCUCAACAGAGGCAACACUGUCCCCUGGCAGUACCACAGCCUCAUCCCUUGGUCAACAAUCUACAACCUUCCACAGCAGCCCAGGCGCCACUGAAACCACACUCUUACCUGACGACACCAUAACCUCAGGCCUCGUGGAGGCAUCUACACCCACCCACAGCAGCACUGGCUCGCUACACACAACACUGACCCCCGCCAGCUCCACAAGCGCUGGCCUUCAGGAAGAAUCUACCACUUUCCAGAGCUGGCCAAGCUCAAGUGACACAACACCUUCACCUCCCGGCACCACAGCAGCCCCUGUUGAAGUAUCCACAACCUACCACAGCCGCCCGAGCUCAACUCCAAAAACACACUUUUCUGCCAGUUCCACAACCUUGGGCCGUAGUGAGGAAUCAACAACAGUCCACAGCAGCCCGGGUGCAACUGGGACAGCACUCUUCCCUACCCGCUCUGCAACCUCAGUUCUUGUUGGAGAACCUACAACGUCACCCAUCAGUUCAGGCUCAACGGAAACAACAGCGUUACCUGGCAGUACCACAACAGCAGGCCUGAGUGAGAAAUCUACCACCUUCUACAGUAGCCCCAGAUCACCGGACACAACACUCUCACCUGCCAGCACGACAAGCUCAGGCGUCAGUGAAGAAUCCACCACCUCCCACAGCCGACCAGACUCAACGCACACAACAGCAUUCCCUGGCAGUACCACCACGCCAGGCCUCAGUCAGGAAUCUACAGCUUCCCACAGCAGCCCAGGCUCCACAGACACAACACUGUCCCCUGGCAGUACCACAGCAUCAUCCCUUGGUCCAGAAUCUACUACCUUCCACAGCAGCCCAGGCUCCACUGAAACAACACUCUUACCUGACAACACCACAGCCUCAGGCCUCCUUGAAGCAUCUACGCCCGUCCACAGCAGCACUGGAUCGCCACACACGACACUGUCCCCUGCCGGCUCUACAACCCGUCAGGGAGAAUCUACCACCUUCCAGAGCUGGCCAAGCUCAAAGGACACUACGCCUGCACCUCCUACUACCACAUCAGCCUUUGUUGAGCUAUCUACAACCUCCCACGGCAGCCCGAGCUCAACUCCAACAACCCACUUUUCUGCCAGCUCCACAACCUUGGGCCGCAGUGAGGAAUCGACAACAGUCCACAGCAGCCCAGUUGCAACUGCAACAACACCCUCGCCUGCCCGCUCCACAACCUCAGGCCUCGUUGAAGAAUCUACGACCUACCACAGCAGCCCGGGCUCAACUCAAACAAUGCACUUCCCUGAAAGCGCCACAACUUCAGGCCGUGGUGAAGAAUCAACAACUUCCCACAGCAGCACAACACACACAAUAUCUUCAGCUCCUAGCACCACAUCUGCCCUUGUCGAAGAACCUACCAGCUACCACAGCAGCCCGGGCUCAACUGCAACAACACACUUCCCUGACAGCUCCACAACCUCAGGCCGUAGUGAGGAAUCAACAGCAUCCCACAGCAGCCAAGACGCAACGGGAACAAUAGUCCUACCUGCCCGCUCCACAACCUCAGUUCCUCUUGGAGAAUCUACGACCUCACCCAUCAGUUCAGGCUCAACGGAAACGACAGCGUUACCCGGCAGUACCACAACGCCAGGCCUCAGUGAGAAAUCUACCACUUUCCACAGUAGCCCCAGAUCACCAGCCACAACACUCUCACCUGCCAGCACGACAAGCUCAGGCGUCAGUGAAGAAUCCACCACCUCCCACAGCCGACCAGGCUCAACGCACACAACAGCAUUCCCUGACAGCACCACCACGCCAGGCCUCAGUCGGGAUUCUACAACUUCCCACAGCAGCCCAGGCUCAACGGAUACAACACUGUUACCUGCCAGCACCACCACCUCAGGCCCCAGUCAGGAAUCAACAACUUCCCACAGCAGCCCAGGUUCAACUGACACAGCACUGUCCCCUGGCAGUACCACAGCCUUAUCCUUUGGUCAAGAAUCUACAACCUUCCACAGCAGCCCAGGCUCCACUCACACAACACUCUUCCCUGACAGCACCACAAGCUCAGGCAUCGUUGAAGCAUCUACACGCGUCCACAGCAGCACUGGCUCACCACACACAACACUGUCCCCUGCCAGCUCCACAAGCCCUGGACUUCAGGGAGAAUCUACCGCCUUCCAGACCCACCCAGCCUCAACUCACACAACGCCUUCACCUCCUAGCACCGCAACAGCCCCUGUUGAAGAAUCUACAACCUACCACCGCAGCCCAGGCUCGACUCCAACAACACACUUCCCUGCCAGCUCCACAACUUCGGGCCACAGUGAGAAAUCAACAAUAUUCCACAGCAGCCCAGAUGCAAGUGGAACAACACCCUCACCUGCCCACUCCACAACCUCAGGUCGUGGAGAAUCUACAACCUCACGCAUCAGUCCAGGCUCAACUGAAAUAACAACGUUACCUGGCAGUACCACAACACCAGGCCUCAGUGAGGCAUCUACCACCUUCUACAGCAGCCCCAGAUCACCAACCACAACACUCUCACCUGCCCCCAUGACAAGCCUAGGCGUCGGUGGAGAAUCCACCACCUCCCGUAGCCAACCAGGUUCUACUCACUCAACAGUGUCACCUGCCAGCACCACCACGCCAGGCCUCAGUGAGGAAUCUACCACCGUCUACAGCAGCAGCCCAGGCUCAACUGAAACCACAGUGUUCCCUCCCAGCACCACAACCUCAGUUCGUGGUGAAGAGCCUACAACCUUCCACAGCCGGCCAGCCUCAACUCACACAACACUGUUCACUGAGGACAGCACCACCUCGGGCCUCACUGAAGAAUCUACAGCCUUCCCCGGCAGCCCAGUCUCCACCCAAACAGGGUUACCUGCCACACUCACAACCGCAGACCUCGGUGAGGAAUCAACAACCUUUCCCAGCAGCUCAGGCUCAACUGGAACAACACUCUCACCUGCCCGCUCCACCACCUCUGGCCUCGUUGGAGAAUCCACACCCUCGCGCCUCAGUCCAAGCUCAACCGAAACAACAACUUUACCCGGCAGUCCCACAACUCCAAGCCUCAGUGAGAAAUCAACCACCUUCUACACUAGCCCCAGAUCACCAGAUGCAACACUCUCACCUGCAACCACAACAAGCUCAGGCGUCAGCGAAGAAUCCAGCACAUCCCACAGUCAACCAGGCUCAACGCACACAACAGCGUUCCCUGACAGCACCACCACCUCAGGCCUCAGUCGGGAACCUACAACUUCCCACAGCAGCCAAGGCUCAACAGAGGCAACACUGUCCCCUGGCAGUACCACAGCCUCAUCCCUUGGUCAACAAUCUACAACCUUCCACAGCAGCCCAGGCGCCACUGAAACCACACUCUUACCUGACGACACCAUAACCUCAGGCCUCGUGGAGGCAUCUACACCCACCCACAGCAGCACUGGCUCGCUACACACAACACUGACCCCCGCCAGCUCCACAAGCGCUGGCCUUCAGGAAGAAUCUACCACUUUCCAGAGCUGGCCAAGCUCAAGUGACACAACACCUUCACCUCCCGGCACCACAGCAGCCCCUGUUGAAGUAUCCACAACCUACCACAGCCGCCCGAGCUCAACUCCAAAAACACACUUUUCUGCCAGUUCCACAACCUUGGGCCGUAGUGAGGAAUCAACAACAGUCCACAGCAGCCCGGGUGCAACUGGGACAGCACUCUUCCCUACCCGCUCUGCAACCUCAGUUCUUGUUGGAGAACCUACAACGUCACCCAUCAGUUCAGGCUCAACGGAAACAACAGCGUUACCUGGCAGUACCACAACAGCAGGCCUGAGUGAGAAAUCUACCACCUUCUACAGUAGCCCCAGAUCACCGGACACAACACUCUCACCUGCCAGCACGACAAGCUCAGGCGUCAGUGAAGAAUCCACCACCUCCCACAGCCGACCAGACUCAACGCACACAACAGCAUUCCCUGGCAGUACCACCACGCCAGGCCUCAGUCAGGAAUCUACAGCUUCCCACAGCAGCCCAGGCUCCACAGACACAACACUGUCCCCUGGCAGUACCACAGCAUCAUCCCUUGGUCCAGAAUCUACUACCUUCCACAGCAGCCCAGGCUCCACUGAAACAACACUCUUACCUGACAACACCACAGCCUCAGGCCUCCUUGAAGCAUCUACGCCCGUCCACAGCAGCACUGGAUCGCCACACACGACACUGUCCCCUGCCGGCUCUACAACCCGUCAGGGAGAAUCUACCACCUUCCAGAGCUGGCCAAGCUCAAAGGACACUACGCCUGCACCUCCUACUACCACAUCAGCCUUUGUUGAGCUAUCUACAACCUCCCACGGCAGCCCGAGCUCAACUCCAACAACCCACUUUUCUGCCAGCUCCACAACCUUGGGCCGCAGUGAGGAAUCGACAACAGUCCACAGCAGCCCAGUUGCAACUGCAACAACACCCUCGCCUGCCCGCUCCACAACCUCAGGCCUCGUUGAAGAAUCUACGACCUACCACAGCAGCCCGGGCUCAACUCAAACAAUGCACUUCCCUGAAAGCGCCACAACUUCAGGCCGUGGUGAAGAAUCAACAACUUCCCACAGCAGCACAACACACACAAUAUCUUCAGCUCCUAGCACCACAUCUGCCCUUGUCGAAGAACCUACCAGCUACCACAGCAGCCCGGGCUCAACUGCAACAACACACUUCCCUGACAGCUCCACAACCUCAGGCCGUAGUGAGGAAUCAACAGCAUCCCACAGCAGCCCAGAUACAAAUGGAAUGACACCCUUACCUGCCCAUUUUACUACCUCAGGCCGCAUUGCAGAAUCUACCACCUUCUACAUCUCUCCAGGCUCAGUGGAAACAACAUUACCCAGCACUACCACAACACCAGGCCUCAGUGCAAAAUCUACCAUCUUUUACAGUAGCUCCAGAUCACCAGACCAAACACUCUCACCUGCCAGCAUGACAAGCUCCAGCAUCAGUGGAGAACCCACCAGCUUGUAUAGCCAAGCAGGGUCAACACACACAACAGUGUUCCCUGCCAGCACCACCACCUCAGGCCUCAUUCAGGAAUCAACAACUUUCCACAGUAAGCCAGGCUCAACUGAGACAACACUGUCCCCUGGCAGCAUCACAACUUCAUCUUUUGCUCAAGAAUUUACCACCCCUCAUAGCCAACCAGGCUCAGCUCUGUCAACAGUGUCACCUGCCAGCAACACAGUGCCAGGCCUUAGUGAGGAAUCUCCCACCUUCUACAGCAGCCCAGGCUCAACUGAAACCACAGCGUUUUCUCACAGCAACACAAUGUCCAUUCAUAGUCAACAAUCUACACCCUUCCCUGACAGCCCAGGCUUCACUCACACAGUGUUACCUGCCACCCUCACAACCACAGACAUUGGUCAGGAAUCAACAGCCUUCCACAGCAGCUCAGACGCAACUGGAACAACACCCUUACCUGCCUGCUCCACAGCCUCAGACCUUGUUGGAGAAUCUACAACUUUCUACAUCAGCCCAUCCCCUACUUACACAACACUCUUUCCUGCGAGUUCCAGCACAUCAGGCCUCACUGAGGAAUCUAUCACCUUCCAGACCAGUCCAAGCUUCACUUCUACAAUUGUGUCUACUGAAAGCCUGGAAACCUUAGCACCAGGGUUGUGCCAGGAAGGACAAAUUUGGAAUGGAAAACAAUGCGUCUGUCCCCAAGGCUACGUUGGUUACCAGUGCUUGUCCCCUCUGGAAUCCUUCCCUGUAGAAACCCCGGAAAAACUCAACGCCACUUUAGGUAUGACAGUGAAAGUGACUUACAGAAAUUUCACAGAAAAGAUGAAUGAUGCAUCCUCCCAGGAAUACCAGAACUUCAGUACCCUCUUCAAGAAUCGGAUGGAUGUCGUUUUGAAGGGCGACAAUCUUCCUCAGUAUAGAGGGGUGAACAUUCGGAGAUUGCUCAACGGUAGCAUCGUGGUCAAGAAUGAUGUCAUCCUGGAGGCAGACUACACUUUAGAGUAUGAGGAACUGUUUGAAAACCUGGCAGAGAUUGUAAAGGCCAAGAUUAUGAAUGAAACUAGAACAACUCUUCUUGAUCCUGAUUCCUGCAGAAAGGCCAUACUGUGCUAUAGUGAAGAGGACACUUUCGUGGAUUCAUCGGUGACUCUGGGCUUUGACUUCCAGGAGCAAUGCACCCAGAAGGCUGCCGAAGGAUAUACCCAGUUCUACUAUGUGGAUGUCUUGGAUGGGAAGCUGGCCUGUGUGAACAAGUGCACCAAAGGAACGAAGUCGCAAAUGAACUGUAACCUGGGCACAUGUCAGCUGCAACGCAGUGGCCCCCGCUGCCUGUGCCCAAAUACGAACACACACUGGUACUGGGGAGAGACCUGUGAAUUCAACAUCGCCAAGAGCCUCGUGUAUGGGAUCGUGGGGGCUGUGAUGGCGGUGCUGCUGCUCACAUUGAUCAUCCUAAUCAUCUUAUUCAGCCUAUCCCAGAGAAAACGGCACAGGGAACAGUAUGAUGUGCCUCAAGAGUGGCGAAAGGAAGGCACCCCUGGCAUCUUCCAGAAGACGGCCAUCUGGGAAGACCAGAAUCUGAGGGAGAGCAGAUUCGGCCUUGAGAACGCCUACAACAACUUCCGGCCCACCCUGGAGACUGUUGACUCUGGCACAGAGCUCCACAUCCAGAGGCCGGAGAUGGUAGCAUCCACUGUGUGAGCCAACGGGGGCCUCCCACCCUCAUCUAGCUCUGUUCAGGAGAGCUGCAAACACAGAGCCCACCACAAGCCUCCGGGGCGGGUCAAGAGGAGACCGAAGUCAGGCCCUGAAGCCGGUCCUGCUCUGAGCUGACAGACUUGGCCUGUGCUCCUGCUGGGGAAGGCUGGGGGCUGUAAGCCUCUCCAUCCGGGAGCUUCCAGACUCCCAGAAGCCUCGGCACCCCUGUCUCCUCCUGGGUGGCUCCCCACUCUGGAAUUUCCCUACCAAUAAAAGCAAAUCUUAAAGCUCAAAA